UUUCUGAAAACGAAAAAUAGAACUUGGAUUGGAUCCGUACGAAAUUUGGAAUUGGAAUUGAAAUUGAAACUCAGAAUUGCUCCGAUUUCUUCUGAGAGCUGAGGUUACUUCGCUCAAGAGUCCUCACAGCUCAGCUCAAAUGACCGGAAAACUUCAAUUUCUGCAUCCAAUUCACGUACCCAUUUGACUUUUCUCCUUUCUCUCUUCUCCAUUCUCCACAUUUUGAAGAUCCAUUCAGCCUGUGUUGCAGAAAUAGCACAAUUGUUGAAGUUGGUUGGAGUUCAAUAUAAUUGUAGCUUUAUUAGUAAUGGAAGAAGAGAAUGUCAUAGAGCUUCUCCAGAGAUACAGGAGAGACAGAAGAGUUCUUCUUGAUUUUAUACUUUCAGGAAGCUUAAUCAAGAAAGUUGUAAUGCCACCUGGUGCAGUUACACUGGAUGAUGUGGAUCUAGAUCAAGUCAGUGUUGAUUAUGUCCUCAACUGUGCAAAAAAGAGUACAAUGCUUGAACUUUCAGAAGCAAUUAGAGAUUAUCAUGAUCAUACUGGGUUACCACAAAUGAGUGAUACAGGUUCAGUCGGUGAAUUUUAUUUGGUCACUGAUCCUGAGUCUUCAGGUUCACCUCCCAGAAGGCCGCCACCAACUGUUCCUGUUUCUGCAGUGCCUCCUGUUGCUGUUUCCAUUCCUUCUGUUUUUCCACCAUCCCCAAUUCUAUCUAGUGUAUCGAGAUCUGAAUCUUUUGACACUACCCAAGAAAAGGAGCUAACUGUGGAUGACAUUGAAGACUUUGAAGAUGAUGAUGUUGCUUCAGUUGUUGAAGGCGUCAGGGCUUCAAGGACUCUUAAUGAUGCUUCAGAUCUUGCAGUGAAAUUGCCUUCCUUCUCCACAGGCAUAUCAGAUGAUGAUCUUCGUGAAACUGCGUAUGAGGUCCUCUUGGCUUGUGCUGGAGCCACAGGGGGUCUGAUUGUCCCAUCAAAGGAAAAAAAGAAAGAUAAAAAAUCCAGCUUGAUCAGGAAGCUUGGGCGCAGCAAAAGUGGAAGUGUUGUAUCCCAGUCUCAGAGUGCUCCUGGAUUAGUUGGCUUGCUGGAAACCAUGCGAGUUCAAAUGGAGAUAUCCGAGUCAAUGGAUAUUAGAACCAGACAAGGCUUGCUAAAUGCUCUUGUGGGUAAGGUGGGGAAAAGGAUGGAUACUCUAUUGGUUCCUUUGGAGUUGCUUUGCUGUAUUUCACGUUCAGAAUUUUCUGAUAAGAAGGCUUUUAUACGUUGGCAAAAGCGGCAGUUAAAAGUUUUGGAGGAAGGGCUUGUUAAUCACCCUGCUGUUGGAUUUGGUGAAUCUGGACGCAAGACAAAUGAGUUGAGGAUUCUGUUGGCCAAGAUUGAAGAAGCAGAGUUUCUUCCAUCUUCAAGUGGUGAACUUCAAAGGACAGAAUGCUUGAGAUCCCUAAGGGAGAUUGCAAUUCCACUUGCUGAGCGGCCAGCUCGGGGUGACUUAACUGGUGAAAUAUGCCAUUGGUCAGAUGGUUAUCACUUAAAUGUCAGACUAUAUGAGAAGUUACUUUUAAGUGUGUUUGACAUGCUUGAUGAAGGAAAACUGACAGAGGAAGUGGAGGAAAUUCUUGAACUUUUGAAGUCAACAUGGAAAGUUUUAGGAAUCACGGAGACAAUCCAUCACACAUGCUAUGCAUGGGUUUUAUUUCGUCAGUAUGUUAUCACAAGGGAGCAUGGAGUUUUAUUGCACGCACUUGAGCAAUUGAAUAAAAUACCACUAAUGGAGCAACGAGGCCAACAAGAGAGGUUGCACUUGAAAAGCUUGCGUUCCAAGGUUGAGGGUGAACGGGAUCUAUCUUUCUUACAGUCUUUCUUAACACCAAUUUUGAGAUGGACAGACAAACAGCUAGGAGAUUACCAUAUGCACUUCAACGAGGGUUCAGCAACUAUGGAAAAGAUUGUAGCAGUUGCUAUGAUUACCAGGAGGCUUCUACUGGAAGAACCAGAAACUACCUCACAAUCCCUGCCAAUUAGUGAUCGUGAUCAGAUAGAUAUAUAUAUAUCAUCAUCAAUUAAGAAUGCAUUUUCAAGGACAGUGCAAGUUGUUGAAAGAGCUGAUAUGUCAAAUGAGCACUCCUUGGCAUUGCUUGCAGAAGAACUCAAGAAGCUCCUAAAACGAGAAUCCGUUACUUUCUUGCCUGUUUUAUCUCAGAGGCAUCCUCAAGCAACUGUUGUAUCUGGAUCAUUAGUUCACAAACUUUAUGGCCUCAGACUGAAACCCUUUUUGGAUGGUGCAGAGCAUUUAACUGAGGAUGUCAUUUCUGUAUUCCCUGCAGCUGAAAGUCUAGAGCAGUUCAUAAUGGCACUUAUUACAUCUGUAUGCCAUGAAGAAAAUGCUGAGAUCUUGUUGAAGAAAUUGAAUCUCUAUCAGAUUGAGACGAAAUCUGGAACAUUGGUGUUACGUUGGGUUAAUUCACAGCUUGGAAGAAUUUUAGGUUGGGUAGAACGGGUUUUUCAACAAGAGCAUUGGGACCCAAUAUCUCCUCAACAGCGGCAUGCUGGUUCUAUUGUGGAAGUUUACAGGAUUGUUGAGGAGACAGUUGAUCAAUUUUUUGGUCUCAAAGUUCCAAUGAGGUUUACAGAAUUGAAUAGCUUGUUUCGGGGCAUUGACAACGCUCUUCAAGUGUAUGCAAAUAAUGUUGUUAACGACUUGGCCAGCAAGGAGGACCUAAUACCACCAGUGCCUAUUCUCACACGGUACAAAAAGGAAGCUGGAAUAAAGGCUUUUGUAAAGAAGGAACUGUUUGAUACUCGUGUACCUGAGCCUGAUGAGUUAAGGCCCAGCCAAAUUAGUGUCCUAACAACUCCAACACUUUGUGUUCAAUUAAAUACAUUAUACUAUGCGAUUAAUCAUCUGAAUAAAUUGGAAGAUAACAUCUGGGAGCGAUGGACAAGUAAAAGGUCCCAUGAAAAACUCAUAAAGAAAUCCUUAGAUGAGAAGUCCAAAAGUUUUUCCCAGAAGGAGACUUUUGAGGGAAGUAGAAAAAUCAUAAAUGCUGCUAUGGACCGCAUUUGUGAGUACACAGGAACUAAAAUUGUCUUUUGUGAUCUGAGAGUUCAAUUUAUGGACAAUUUGUACAAACCCAGUGUCUCUGGCUAUAGGUUGGAUGCAAUUAUGGACCCACUUGAUAUGGAACUUAGCCAACUUUGUGAUAUUGUUGUGGAGCCUCUGAGGGAUCGCAUAGUGACUAGUCUUCUUCAGGCAUCAUUGGAUGGCUUACUCCGUGUUAUCUUAGAUGGGGGUCCAUCAAGAGUUUUCUUGCCCAGUGAUGCAAAAUUAUUAGAGGAAGAUCUGGAGAUCUUAAAGGAAUUCUUUAUAUCCGGAGGAGACGGCCUCCCUCGGGGUGUGGUCGAAAAUCAGGUUGCACGUGUUCGGCAAGUGAUCAAGUUGCAUGGCUAUGAGACUCGAGAGUUGAUUGAUGACUUGAAAUCUGCUAGUGGCAUGGAAAUGCAAGGUGGAAAAAGCAAACUGGGAACUGAUUCCAAAACUCUAUUAAGAAUAUUAUGCCACAGGAGUGACUCAGAAGCCUCUCAAUUUCUGAAGAAACAAUACAAAAUACCCAGUUCUUCUGUAUAGAGGAAUGUGUACAACAAAAGGGAAGCUGCAAAAUUUUCAUUUUGGUGCUAGCUUUCUGUGAAUAUUCAUUGCUGCCAAUGUGCCAUUUUUGGUUGGAAUUGGAAUUCUUAAAAAUACUCAUUUUGUGUAUGAUUAGGAGGCAUAACUGAAUUUUCUUUCCUUUUUUUGGUUUAACUUCGCUUAAAAUGCUGAUGUUCAUUUGUAAAAUUUCCUCCUUGUGAAUACUGUAAGAUUUUAAUUAAUGCAACUGCGAUUCUUUUUACAA